GCUGGCAACAGCUGAUUCUGCCGGCUUAUUUUAUUGUUGCAGUUGAUAAUAACAAUAAUGUUUAGUCUGCGAAAUGUAUUAAAAAAAGGCCUUUCGGCGAGAAAUACGUGCAGCAGGAAUAUCUCCGCCCUCUACAUAACUGGCGACAAAGCUAACGAGAACUAUGUGACCCUGCAACCGUAUCUGGACUUCAAGGGAACCUUCAGCGACCGGCAAUCUUUGGAACAGAGCAUCUCCAGUCGGGGCUUGGACAUCGCAUUGGAAAGUGUGCUCAGCAAGUAUCAGAAGUAUGAGACGCACCACGCCCAACUGGCCAAGGUGGCUGAGGAGAGAGAGGCGGUGACCAAGCGGCUGAAGGAGCUAACCAAAGCUGGAGGCACUGCGGAGCAACUCGACGAGCUGAAAGAGCGUGGGAAAUCGUUGCGCAACGACUUGAAGACCCUGAAGCAGGCAUUAUAUCCCAUUGAGGAUGACUUUAUACACGACUACCUGCACUUGCCCAACCGGCUGCAUGAGCAGUGUCCCACUGGCGGCCAGGAAAAGAUCCUCUAUCGCCACGACCAGCCGAAACUGAAAAGCAAAUCCACCACCCACUUGACACGCCAUGAUCUCAUACACUUCGUGGACAACAACCGGUAUUAUAUAAUGGACCAGGCAGCUCAUUUUGACGUCAAUGCCAUGCAAUCCCUGGCCCGCUAUUUCGUCGCUCAGGGUGACUUCAUCCAAACCGCCAACCCCGACUUUGUACGCUGUGUUCUUCUGGAGGCGAAUGCCACCCCCUUGGCCGACUAUCACCUGGUGCAGGAGGAGCACCUGCAAAAUAAGAUCAAUACGGCCUACCUAACUGGAGGAGCAGCCUUUGAGAGCUAUCUCGGGGCCAUGACCAGGCUGUGCGUGUAUCCUUCCGUGCUACCCCUGCGUUAUGUCUGCUGCGGUCGAAGUUACAAUCGGUCGGAGACGGAGCUAUAUGGGCCCACUCCCAGUCUUUAUACGGCGACCCAAACAAAUGCGGUUCAAAGUUUUGUGGCCACUCUAUCGGCCAACGAAGCCGACUGCCAACUGGAACACAUACUUAAUCUGGCCACAGACUUUUACAAGGCUUUGGGCAUACCCUUCCGGGUGGUUUAUGCAUCAGCAGAAACACUUACUCCGGCGGAAAGCCUUCGAGCGGUCAUCGAGGUGUACGCCCCAUCACUGCAACGCUACGUUUGCGUGGGACGGAUCAGUAACUAUGGGGAUUUCGUCUCCAAGCGAAUACUGUUCAGCACACGACGAGAUAAGCACUACGAUUUCCUCCAUUUGGUGGGCGGACCAGUGCUCUACACCUCACGACUUAUAGCAGCGCUCCUGGAGCAUGACGUCCGCCUGGAAGACUGCAAACUGUUGGGGUCCUCUAGCCAGAAGCCCACCCAGCAGCAGCAGGAUUUGCAAGAGUUCAAGGAUCUCUUCAAGUAGAAAACGAUUUUGUUCAGUUUCUCUGUGUGUGUCCUUAAGUCUAACAAUAAGUAAAAGUUAAGUUUUACAUACAA